AUGGCUUCCUCAAAUCUCUCUUUGUACGUGCUCUUUGCCAUCGGCGACGUUGUGGCACACGUUGGACUUAUGACGAUCGUUUACUGGGACAUUUGCAUGGAAGCUGUGCUUCUGAUCUAUGCGUUGGCACCUCUGCACCAAAGAAUCGGAUAUAUAGUUUCCACUUGGGUGGGAGCCAUGUCAGUUGCGAGCCAGGUCUUGUUCCUGAUUCCGUUUUGGACUCUGAUGUACCAAUUGCCGAUCGGUUCGACCCGAAAUUUUCUUGCAGGCACAUUCUUCGUUGUGCAGUGCUUCACCAUCUUCGGGAUCAUUCCUGCGGCAGGUUUCACUGUUCUUGCUCAUGGUGCGCGUAAACUUCGGGGCAAGCUGCCUGCAAGCAUUCCAAGACACUUGACCCAUCGACUGCGCUUUACACAGCUGGGCAUUGCCAUUUUCAUCCUGAUGGGUGUUGCGGAUGCACUUUUUGCAUUGAUUCCAGCAACGCAGCCAUACAUCAGGAGGUUUUCAAGUUUCUUGUACAUCAAUCUCGUCCUCACCUCCCUCGCCAUCUUCACCUUUCUACUACUUGCCGUGGAGUUGUAUUUAAACAUCCAGCAGAUGCGAAGCACGACGGUCUCCCCGAUUCCACUUCAGCCGCAUGCUCUGGCCAACAUUGUGAAGCAUGGCGUCUCCAUGCUCGCAAGAGACGGCCAGUCUCAUACACCGGCUGCUGUAUGGGAGCGGGGCGUUUUGCUGACGGUUGCGACUGGUUUCGGCGACAUUCUGGAAGCGAAGAACAUCUUGGAAUCCAAGAGUGGCCUGGGGGAGACAACCAGCGACCUGUGUGUGGAGCUACUGAGACCGCUCACCGAGGAGGCGAGGUGCUCCGCCUGGGAAGGGCUUUACAAUGGACUCGAAUUCCAGUCCUCAGCACGGACAGAGUUCGCGGUGUCACCGAAAUACGUCGGAAAGCCGACAGUAAUGGUGAGCCACUGUUGGGCCAGCCCGUACUCCCAGCUCAUGGCCAUUUUGAAGCGCUAUGACGAGAAUACAAACAGGAACAACUUCUUCUGGAUUGAUGUUUUUAGCAUGAACCAGCACGAUUUUGCCAACCUCAGUGGAAAGAAUCCUUCAGACAUCCAUCGCUCUGCAAGUGUUUACGACACCAUGUUGGUAGCUCUGACCCGAUCCAUCAAAGUGCCCGGACGCAUGCUGCUGGCUCUCACUCCGCAUGAGCAGCCGUCGCUUCUGUCAAGGGCAUGGUGCUUGUACGAGAUCUACAUUGCUUGGACAGUCGGGGCAGAGGUCUGCUGCGGCUUCGUGCCGGAAGCGGAGCAAUCUGUGAAGAGGAGCCUGCUGCGAGACGAUGUGCUGAUCAACCAGAUGCUGGAUUCUGUCGACGCGGAGAAGUCUCGUGCCACCGUGGAAAGCGACAGAGCCAUGAUUAUGGACUUGAUCGCAGCAGCAGGCAUUAGUAAUUUUAAUUCUUUCGUCCGGAAGCAGUUGCAAGCUUCUUUGCGCAUGCUUGCCGUUACCACAUUGCUGAAAAUCAGAACUGCAGACUCCACAAACGUGGAAGCUGCAGAGGUAGACUCCACAACCGUGGAAGCUGCAGAGGAGGAGGCUCCUGAGGAGGCGGAUCCUUAUGCACUCGUGGAGUCGAUCGAGCCCUUGGCUUUUCAAGUGACCUUUGGAGACGUGGGCUUUCACUCGGAGGCUCUCUGGGAGAAUGCAAGCCAGAACGACCUCAACGACUUUGUGAAGGGCCUUUCCAAGGAGGAGGCCGCAAAGCUGGCAGCAGCUCUCCAGGCACGCGAAGUUGCCGCACCGCUUGGCAUCCGUGAGAUGUCGGCGCUCCACGCGACCCACAGCUUCAACCCGUCCAAGGAAAUCCCGCGCCAGGUGGUCAAGGAUAUCCUCGAAGGCCUGCGCAGCGUGCCCUCUUCUGCCAACACACAGCCCUGGACCAUCGUGGUCGUCCAAGGUGCUACCCGCAAGCUUCUCUCCGAGAAGAUCGUUGCAAAGUUCGAUGCUGGCGAGCAAGGGACUGCGCUGUAUGCCGACCUUCCCAAGGACAUGCCCGCGCGCAUGCAGAAGGCUGUGGAUGCGUACACGAAAGAAUACGAUGCCUUCCUGGGCGAUGACAAGGCAAAGCUGCGAAAGGGCUGCGAGUUCUUCGGCGCACCCCUUCAUCUCGUGGUCUGUGCACCGAAGGGCCCAUGCCUAGAGGAGAGUCCGCCUGUGGAUGGUGUGUUCCUCGACAUGGGGUCGGCCAUGACGGCCAUGUCCUUCUCGGCCUUCGAUCUGGGUCUGGGGGUCCACCCGCAGUUCUCCCUCGCUAAAUAUAACGACAUCUACAAGGAGGAGAAGAUGCCAGAUGACCAUUUUGUCAUCUGUGGCCUCAGCGUUGGGUACCUGGAGAAUGAUCAGGAUCCCCGCAAGACACCGGGCUUCCAGCCCUCGAAGUUGAGUGUGGACGACACCACGAGGUGGGUAAACUGCGACGGCGAGUGGCUCAAGACUCAUGGAGAUGCGGUGACUGGCAACAGCGAGCACGGCUUGAAGCACUUAGUGCAUUCCCGGCACUGCUCCCACACCCUGGAUACACCCCGGCCAGUUCCUUACGACUUCCUUGCCUCCAUUCUGUCGGCAGCCCGCUAUGUGACUUCGGCGUCGAAUUCGCAGCCCUGGUCCGUUACUGUGAUCCAAGGUGCUGCGAGAGACAAGCUCUCGAAAGCCAUGCUUGACCAUUUCGAUGCCGGCAAUGAUGGAGGACAAACCUACAAGAAGUACAGCGCCCAGAACACCUCGCGCAUGCAGAAGGGCAAGGACCAGUAUGGCUUCGAGCUCUACGAGGAGCGGCACAAGCUGGAGCGGGAUGACAAGGACGACGGACGCCGCAAGAAGUACCGCCCGAAUUACGAGUUCUGGGGAGCUCCCGUCUUGUUGCUGCUGAAAGCUCCCAAGACUGCCGCAGCAGGAACUUUUGUGGAUAUUGGAUCCUACAUGUAUGCGAUCCUCGUGGGCAUGCAAGCUUACGGUCUGGGUGGUAAACCGCUGGGCUCCGUGGCGAAGUACACGGACAUCUGCAGGGAAGUCUUGGGGACUGAGUCGAUGCCCGAAGACGAACACUUGGUCUGCGGCAUUUGCAUCGGUUGGCCCAGUGACGGUCGCGAUCCUCGGGAGAAACCCGAUUGGUUCCCGAGCCGCUUGCCGUCAGAGGAGACUUCAUGCUGGGCCGUGGAUGACG